CUAUUUCCAAAUCAAAAAAUAUCUUUUUUACAGUUGAGCCAAAUCAUCAUAUCAUCAGAUAUACAUACACUGUCUGUAUAUAUAUAUACUACUUCACUGUCGAUGAUCACUACCUUCCCUCCUUUCUUCAAUUCCAGAUACUUUUAAUCCAUUUCUAAAUUAGUAACAUUAUGAACACGAUUAGAGCUCUACCGGCAACGACGUCCUACGCCGCGGUCUCUUUCGGCGUUUCCUCACCUCCGACGAACUUCCGUUUCCGUCGAGCCUCCGUCAUUGCCAAAGCUGAACCAUCAGAUAAAUCUGUCGAGAUUAUGAGGAAAUUUUCAGAGCAGUAUGCUCGUAAAUCUGGCACAUAUUUCUGUGUUGACAAGAGUGUUACUUCUGUAGUUAUCAAGGGACUAGCUGACCACAAAGAUUCCUUGGGUGCGCCACUUUGCCCUUGCAGGCACUAUGAUGACAAAGCAGCAGAGGCAACACAAGGCUUUUGGAAUUGCCCCUGUGUUCCCAUGAGAGAAAGAAAGGAGUGCCACUGCAUGCUUUUCCUCACUCCUGAUAAUGAUUUUGCUGGUGACGAGCAGGUCAUUUCUAUGGAAGAAAUCAAAGAAUCAACAGCCAAUAUGUAGUUUAGGUAGGUGCGCCCCUUUUUUGGUACACAAGUAUUGAUUACAUGUAUAAUUUUGUAUGUUCAUAUGAUAUCAAAUCAUUGUCACUUUGGGUGUGAUCUGAUCAUUACAUUAACAAAAAAACCAACUAUUAUAAUAAUAUACAAUGAAUUUCCGAAAA